AUGGAAUCGGAAGAAUACACGUAUCGAAGCCUCGAAGGAGAGUCUCAUCUGACGGCAGAUGUUUACUACGCAUCUUCUGCAACAGCACCGGUCGAUGGCGCGCAGCCUAUCGUAAUCAUGUUCUACGGCGGUGGCUUCGUUGUUGGAUCAAAAGAACUCGUGUCUAAAAACGAGAUCGAGACUCUUGUGUUAGAGCUUGGCUUUGUUGUUGUGGUGCCUAACUACCGUCACUGUCCAUCUGUAUCUCUAUAUCAGGGUCCAAUCAGUGAUGCAUACAGCUGUUAUGAAUGGGUGCAAAAAGACCUUCCCAGGCUGUUGUCUAACGUCAGUAUUAUGGCUGAUGGUGGCAGAGUUGCUGUUAUAGGAUUGUCUGCGGGAGGAACUAUGGCAUUGCAUUUGGGUGCGGCGCAAAAUCCCCCCAAAGCAAUAUUGGCAUUCUACUCAGCAAUGUACUUUGACGACGCUUUCUGGCAGUCGCCAAUGCCUGCAUUUUCCAAACUUCCCAAAUUUCCACAUGAAUUCUUAGACAAGAUUAAUGAGGAAGGGACAGUCGUAUCGGCACCUUCGCUGUUCAAGAAGGCUCAAGGUGAUUCGCCCCCGGAACCAGACUUUUCCAAGCCAAGAAACGCGUGGCUUCUCUCUCAUUUUAGAGACGGGACAUGGCUUUCGGCUAUAGUGCAAGACGGCGACUAUGCGCGUGUUGAUCCUGCAAAACUAUUCUCAAGUGCUUUCCCACCAACGUGUUUGGUUCAUGGAUCAGAGGAUAAGAUGUGUGAUGCCAAAAUUUCCACAAUGGCUCACGAGGAAUUGCUAGCCAAAAAUGUAAAGUCAAAGCUCGUGGUCGCAGAGGGCCAGGGCCAUAACUUUGACGCAAAGCUGGCAAAGGACGAUCCGUUAUUUGAGCUCGUACGUGAUGCGUUCCGAUUUAUUGCGAAGGAAGUGUCUUUGUAA